AUCUCAAUUUUUUUAUAUCCUGUAUGUUUUAACUUAAUCUCAAUCAUUUAACUGAAAAAGACUUUACCCAGUUGAACGUCAACACGAAUCUGUCUUACUGUCCGUGUUUUCUCUGCGAGCGAGUCUGUGGCUACACGAUCAUGGCUAACCUGAGUUUGAUGAGAACCUUUUCUCUAGCCUUAGCUUUCAGGAGCUUCCGCUCUCCGCUGGUAAUGGGUGCCAUUCAUUCUCCAACCCUAUUAUUUGCUUCUUCUUCUUCUUCUAGUUCUACAUCUGGUUCCACUUGCACACACAAAGCUGCAAGCUUGAAAUCUAAAUUCUAUUCUGCUUCCUUUAGGGACCUUGAUGAUGCCCUAGCUUCCUUUAAUCACAUCAUUCUUUUACAUCCUCUGCCUUCUAUUGAUAAAUUUGGUCGUUUUUUAUCUGCUCUUGUCAGAAUAAAACAAUACCACACGGUGGUUUCAUUGUUCAGAAAAAUUGAGUUGUUACGAAUCUCACACAAUGUUUAUUCUCUUAACAUCUUGAUUAAUUGCUACUGCCGCUUACACCAUGUUGAUUUUGCCUUCUCAAUUUUGGGGAAAUUUCUCAAACUUGGAGUGAAGCCUGACAUUGUCACAUUUAAUACCUUAAUUGAUGGGCUCUGUAAAGAGGGUAAAAUCAAUAGAGCAGUAGACUUUUUCAAUCAUGUGGUUGCUAGAGGUUAUGAACCUGAUGUCCAGACCUACAAUGUGAUAAUAAACCAUCUAUGUAAAUUUGGGGAAACAAAUUUGGCUAUUGGAUUGCUAAGGGGAAUGGUUGAGAGAGGAUGUGAACCAGAUGCAGUGACCUAUAGUACAAUCAUCGAUAAACUUUGCAAGGAUGGUCUAGUUGCCGAGGCAUUAGAACUCUUCUCUCAAAUGAGGAACAAAGGCAUUUCACCUAAUGUUGUCACUUACACAUCCCUAAUUCAUGGUCUUUGCAAUUUAGGCAAAUUGAAUCAAGUUUUGGCCUUGCUGGAUGAGAUGGUGGUGCAGAAUAUAUCCCCAGAUGUAUAUACCUUUAGUAUAUUGAUUGACAAUCUGUUUAAGGAAGGAAUGGUUUCAAAGGUUCAAAACAUUUUCAAUAUGAUGGUUAAGUGGGGUAUAAAGCCAAAUGUGGUCACUUAUUGUUCAUUGAUGAAUGGAUAUUGUCUGCACAGCCAAAUGGAUGAAGCUAGGAAGGUAUUUGAUCUAAUGGUAAUCAGAGGAUUUGCUAAUGUAUUCAGCUACAACAUCUUAAUUAAUGGAUAUUGUAAGUGUAAAAGGAUUGAUGAAGCAAUGGAAAUUUUUGGUAAAAUGCCUCAUAAAGGUCUAGUUCCUGACUCUGUUACUUAUAAUACUCUUAUAAAGGGCAUGUGGCAAGCAGGGAUGUCCCAGGCUGCAUUGGAGCUUUUCAAGAACAUGUGCAGUCAUGGUCAGCAGCCGGAUAGAAUAACUUUCAAAAUCUUGCUCGACGGUUUGUACAAACAAGGAUCUCUUGAUGAGGCACUUAACAAUAUUCAAAGGGAAUUGUUCACUCUAUAACAUUGAGAGUGGGGAAUCUGGGAUGGGAAAGGAAGAUGACUCGUUGUUGGUUGGUUUCACUUUUGCAAUUUAAUUUUCUUUUUUUUCUUUU